AUGGACGUCGAUUAUGGCAACAAACUCACAACAUUCAUCACUUCAACAACAAGCGGUCUAGGGUCUCCUGACAGAAACAUCAGUGUUAUACUUCAGUCUGCAAAGCUGUUGAUGCCGACUACAACUCUCAGUGCUUCACCUCUGCCAUCAAACGCAGCUUACCCAUGGGGAGGUAUUGGUCCUCUCUUCCGACACCCUCACAUGACUGUCCCUGGCAAUGACGAUGAACCGAACGAACCGCCAGUGGUUCAAGAGGUGAAUGGUAUUUGGUGGAGCCGAUGGAAACAACACUUUGACCGCCUCCAAUCUGGUGAAAUGGAAAAUAAGGCAAGUGAAGCUCGAGACACGUAA